UAUUUUUUUCCCCUCUUUAGCUUAACAUGCCAAACAAAACAAAAGGUAAAAUAUAUAUUGUCACUAAUCCUAUUCCCUCUUAUGAGUAGAAAACAGCAAUCAUACACUCGACCAUCACCUUCCAAACCCAUAAUCAGUUGCCACCUUUAUCAUCAUAUUCCCCCAAUCCUAAUUACCUUACCAGCAGACAUAUAAUAAAUAUCAUGUGCAAUGCAAUGCUUUUUUCUCAAUCCAUCACCCACUACACCAACAUUACAUUAGCUCAAGUUGAAUUGAACUUCUUGGAAUGUCUCAAGUUCGAGUAUUGUGGGUAAAAAAAUAUGAUUGAAAGUGGAGACUCCAUUAAAGAUGGUCUGUGUAAAGACUAGUCAUCCAUAAAGUCAGUGUAUAUUUUCCGAAUCGAAUCACACACUAUAGUCUCUCAUAAUCCUUUAACAUGAACACAACACUAGCAUUAGCCUUAACCUUAGCAUUUCUCUUUACAUCACCAUCUCUAACACAAAGUGCACAACAUAAUCAUAAUGACACACACGCCCUCACCGAAUUCCGUCUCCGAACCGACUUCCACGGCUACCUCGUCGAUAACUGGACCGGUGAGGAUGCCUGCAACACCGCCUGGCAUGGUGUUCAAUGCUCUCCAAACGGCAGAGUCAUAGCUCUCUCACUCCCUUCCCUCAAUCUCCGAGGUCCCGUUGAUUCUCUCUCAACGCUAACCUACUUACGCUUCCUUGACCUACACGAUAACCGCUUAAACGGAACCAUUGUUCCUCUUUUAAACUGCACUGAUCUUGAACUCCUCUAUCUUUCCGGCAACGACUUCUCCGGUGAAAUACCGCCGGAUAUAUCUUCCUUACGUCUUCUCAUCAGACUCGACAUCUCCGACAACAACAUCCACGGCGAAAUUCCUAAAGAAUUAUCAAAACUGAAGCAUCUCCUCACUCUCCGGUUACAGAACAAUGAACUCUCCGGCGAAGUUCCCGAUCUUGCUUCUUCCCUUAUCAAUCUCAUUGAACUCAAUAUCACCAACAAUGAACUCCAAGGACACUUACCAGACGCCAUGUUUACCAAAUUCGGUAACAAAAGCUUCUCCGGCAAUGACGGUCUUUGCGGAUCAACGCCGUUGCCGAAGUGUUCUGUCACCGAAAAAACUCCUCAUCCUCCUUCUGAUGAUGAUGGUUCUGAAAUUGUUCCUUCAAACCCUAGCAAAAAUCAUGGUAAUAUUUCAUCUGAAAAUCCUUCCAAAAAACGGAAAAUGUUGAGUCCUGGGGGAAUAGUAGCCGUUGCGGUGGCUGUUUCUGUGGCGUUACUGGUGGUGGUUUCUUUCACCGUAGCACAAUGUUGCGGAAGAGGAGGAAGAUCUAAUUCAACGGUGGGGAUGGAUAGUGAGAUUGGGAAGAGAAAAAGUGAAAGUAGCAGUGGAAGUGAGAAAAAAGGUUAUAGGGGUGGUAAUAGUAACAAUGGGGGUGUGGAUAGAGAUAGUGAUGGAACAACAACUGAAACAGAUAGAAGCAAAUUAGUGUUUUUUGAUAGAAGGAAUGAGUUUGAGUUAGAGGAUUUGCUACGAGCUUCUGCAGAGAUGCUUGGGAAGGGUAGUUUGGGAACUGUUUAUAGAGCUGUUCUUGAUGAUGGAUGUACUGUUGCUGUUAAGAGACUUAAGGAUGCUAAUCCUUGUGAUAGGAAUCAGUUUGAACAGUAUAUGGAUGUUGUGGGGAAGCUUAGACAUCCUAAUGUUGUUAGACUUAAAGCUUAUUAUUAUGCUAAGGAAGAAAAGCUUUUGGUUUAUGAUUAUCUUUCCAAUGGAAGCUUGCAUGCUCUUCUUCAUGGGAACCGUGGUCCGGGAAGGAUUCCGUUAGAUUGGACAACAAGAAUAAGCUUGGUGUUGGGGGCAGCAAGAGGCCUAGCAAGGAUUCAUGGAGAGUAUAGUGCAGCAAAGAUACCUCAUGGAAAUGUGAAAUCAUCAAAUGUGAUACUUGACAAGAAUGGGGUUGCUUGCAUAGGUGACUUUGGUUUGUCACUGUUAUUAAACCCUGCUCACGCAGUUGCAAGGCUGGGUGGGUACAGGGCUCCAGAACAGGCGGAAGCUAAGAAGCUUUCACAAGAGGCAGACGUGUAUGCUUUUGGAGUAUUGGUGUUGGAAGUUUUGACAGGAAGAGCUCCUUCCUCUCAGUAUUCUUCUCCAGUAGGAGUUCGCUCUUGCGUGGAAUUUGAAGAACAAGAAGCUGAUCUUCCAAAAUGGGUUCGGUCUGUUGUGAAGGAUGAGUGGACAUCAGAGGUGUUUGAUCAAGAACUUUUGAGGUACAAGAACAUUGAGGAGGAGCUUGUUUCAAUGCUGAAUGUUGGACUAGCUUGUGUUGCGUUACAACCUGAGAAAAGGCCAACAAUGUUGGAUGUUGUUAAGAUGAUCGAGGAUAUUAGGGUGGAACAAUCUCCUCUAAGAGAGGAUUAUGAUGAAUCUCGCGAUUCACUUUCACCUUCACUUGCCACGACUGAAGAUUGCUUAGCUUAAUAGCACUAGUGUUAUUCAUUGCUCAACGAUGGAAUGGAACUGAUCUCUUUAAUCCUCUUCUAAUUGCAUGGUUAUUUAAAUUGCAUGAGUUGUUAUUUAUUGUUUUCUAUUUGUAAUAUUUGAUAAAUGACUUUGUUGCACUUGUCUUGAGACAUAGCUUAUAAUAUGAUCUAUCUUGAAUCAGUGACUCUGCUACUCACAUAGCACAUCCAGUAUUUGGCAGUGUCAUGUUCCUUCCUGUACAGUGAAAGAAAGAGGCAAAUGAGGGUUAAAUUUA